AAGAGCUCUUGAAACAAUAGUUUGAGUAAUAAUGUAGAAUUUGUCUCUGUCUGUACAGCACUAGACAAAGAAUUUKAAUCUUCAGUAUUUAAACGUGACGCUCUAAACUGCGAGGGAGCCGUUUAUAGCCGGGAUGCGUUUUUCAUCACAACACCUGGCUAAUGUUUCCUCUGUGGCUCCGUUAGCAGGUGGCUAGGCUAGCAGGCUAUCUCUCCCUGGUUACCCUGAUCUUUGCCUAGAGACUUAAAAAAAAACGUUACGAUGCGCAGACUCCGUUCAUCAAUUCUUUUUAUUUUUUUUAUUUAUUUAUUUUUUUUUUACCGCGAAUCGUCCAACAUUUGGAAUUGUGUAAAAACGCAUAGUAAACACACAUGGACGAAUUGAUUUUCAAAGAWAACAUUCACCCUUUUAAAAUCAUUCGAUUCCAGGUGGUAUUGACUUCAUUUGUUUCUUGUUUUUGCUCUUAAUGGAUAAGGCGCCUCCCACAGAACACGUAUGUUUGUGGCACAAAUCUUUUUUGCAUACCAUAUCCCGUGCAGGGAAUUACAGAACUGGUAGAAAUUAAAUUUGCUUGAUUAUUAUGUAGUUUAGUAUUGUUUAUUAACACCAUACGACACCAUUGGUAUUCUCAAUGUAUUAAAUUACUAAAUAUAAGACUCAAUGUCGUUUUUAGUGCAAAUCAGUAAAGUAAAAAUGCUAUUUAGAAACAAUCAGAUUCAGGCCAAUUAAGAACAUGCAUGGGGAAUGGUGGAAAGAAACAACUCUCUUUUAACUACAAGAAAUUUGCAUCAGAAGAAGGCUGAGCAGGUGAUAUCAUCUGCCUUGACUGGAUGUGUUUUGGAAAGGGUGUGAGACAGAUGGUUUUGCUAAAUAAUAGCUUUCAAGAGAAAUAAGAAAAACAAGAUGGGAACAAUAACAACUAAUCGAGUGAAAGGAAAUGUGUUGGGGGGGAAGAAUGCUCAGAGAUUGCUGUCCCCUAUUUAUCUAUUACAUCCUAAUAAUAAAGAAUUAUAGUAGUAUUAGAACCUAGAAGUAAAAAAACGCAUUGAGCACCGGUUUAGCUACAUCACUCUGACACGGUAUUUGCAAUUUUGUCAGCAUUGCAUAAAUGAAAGAGMGCAAUCCUGCAAUUAAACAUAUUAUUUAARCAUUUUUUUUAUUGUUUACUCACAGAUUACCAAUAUAAAUGCUACUGUAGUGUCAAAGCAUACAGCUGUGUUUUACAUUUUCUGGAAUAAUGGAUUUCUAAGAAACUUCACUGAAAAAUUCAUUUGUUUGUUGUGUCUCAUGUUCUGAACAUCCCAAAAUUGUUGCAUAUUCAGGUCUGCUACAGAACCAGAYGGGUUUCAUGCCUCUUAUGGAGAAGGUAGAAAAUUUAAUCGAUGAAUUUAUGUGUCACUCCAAGUCCAACAUUACAUUUGAGUAAGGAAAACAAUCACAUUUUAGAAGAUGUUUUUUUUUUUUUUACUAAAUAAUCAAUAGUUUUAAAAAAAAAGCAAUAUUUGGUAGCACUAAUAAUCCCUACAAGUUCAUUACUUUAAGUCUGCUUAUAGAGCGGUAACAUAAAGAUUAUAAAACUCCAUAGAUUAGUUUGAAAACUAAAGAUUGCAUUGUUUUGAUGGUCUUCUGUUUUACUGCUUCCAACUCUCUGUUGUGUCUAAAUCAGCAGUGUUGAUGUGUGUCAAUGUAAAAAUUCAUUUUUUUUUCUUUUUUAACAAACUAAGAACAGGAAAAGUACACAAUUGUUUUGAAACAUCAUGUUGAUAUUGCUGCUUUUUAAAUCAUCAGUUGCCUCCAUAGUACGCCCGUGUGUUUAAGGAAAUCGUGUUGUCUGCACUAUAUUAGAUUUCCCCCUGUGUGUGUACCCCUACAACAUGCCUGCCAGCUGGAGUUCUAUCAGUAGAAAUAAUAUUGUGGUGUUUCAUCAGAAGUCUGUGUGCACUGCACAGUCUGCCGCAGCUGCUGCAAAACAAAGAUUGCAACAUUACUAAAGACCUCUAAAAGAUCAGAUUGAGCUAAAGUUUMAAAGAUUUCAGGCUAAAGCUGAAAAGGGAUCUCUAAAACAACUGAGCAAUGUUUUCCAUUAGAGUGUAGUUUCCUGAUAAUGUAUUAUGAGUACUGUGGUUCUUCAUGUGGUAUUUCUGACAGUUUGUCUUUCUUCCAGAUGUAACUCAAGGAUAAAGUGAAAGUUGUGGAUUCCCGCCCCCCCCCCAUCUUUCCCAACAUCUGCUUUUCUUCAGUGGAUUCCAGUUUAAGCCUUCAAGCCUCGGUCACCACAGCUCCUUCGCCGAGCUAAGAGAUGGACUGGGCCACUCCAGCUGCCAAACUGAAUCCGUACUCGCGAGCUCGCAUGACGGAGGCCUGGCAGCAGCACGCCGUCGCUCCGCCUCCGGUUGUCCACACCAUCCCAGCGGGAGCUGAAAACGCUUUGAGCUGCGCAGUGUAUGGGAUCGUACUGCAGCCGGACGCCUCAUCGUUGCAGCAGCAGCAUGGAGGUGGACAGCAGCAUGCAGGAGCUCAACAACACGCAGGCGGACAGCAGGGGCAACAUCCUUCUCAAGCCCAGCAAAGCUCUCUGCAAGUGGGAACAGAGUCGGGACACAAGUGUGGGACGUGUGGACACGACAUCUCCCACCUGGCUAACCCGCUUGAACACCACUGCAUGGUGAGUCAGGACAGGUCCUUCCAGUGCACUCAGUGUCUAAAGAUCUUCCAUCAGGCCACAGACUUGCUGGAGCACCAGUGUGUCCAGGUGGAGCAGAAGCCGUUUGUGUGCGGAGUUUGUAAGAUGGGCUUCUCCCUUCUUACCUCGUUGGCUCAGCACCACACGUCRCACAACAGCAGAAACCCCAUGAAGUGUUCCAUUUGCGAGAAGACRUAUCGGCCGGGCUCCUCCGGGAACACGACGCCCACGUCCUCGAGCAGCUCCCAGCCGUCUAGCAGUGACGGGGCGUCGGCAAGCAGCAGCUCGUCCAUCUUACCCUUCCCCUCAGCUCGGGACCGGCCGUACAAGUGCUCCGUCUGCCAGAAGGGCUUCAAGCACCUCUCGGAACUCACGCGACACGAGAGGGUGCACACGGGGGAGAAGCCCUUCAAAUGCGACACGUGCGACAAGGCUUUCAGCCAGUCGUCGCACYUGCAGCACCACCAGCGGACGCACAGCAACGAGAGGCCGUUCAAGUGCGCCGUGUGCGAGAAGAGCUUCAAGCACCGCUCGCACCUCGUCCGCCACAUGUACGUUCACUCGGGCGAGCACUUGUUCAAGUGCAACUUGUGCGAGCUGCACUUCAAAGAGUCGUCGGAACUGCUCCACCACCCCUGCCACCCGCAGGGCUCCCGACCSUUUCGCUGCGCCACGUGCGGGAAGGGGUUUAAACGGCCGUCGGACCUGCGGCAGCACGAGCGCACGCACUCCGAGGAGCGGCCCUUUCACUGCGACGAGUGCCAGAUGAGCUUCAAGCAGCAUUAYGCGCUCGUGCGCCACAGACGGACGCACAAGGACCCCUCUGACCGGCCUUUCAGAUGCAGUUUGUGCGACAAAGGCUUCAUGCAGCCCUCGCACCUUCUCUAUCACCAGCACGUCCACGGCAUGGACAACYUGUUCAAGUGCGCCUCCUGCCAGAAGGAGUUCAGCCAGUCAGGAGAGCUACUCAGACACAAGUGUGGGGAGUCAUCCAACUCCUCGCCGGACAAGCCGUACAAGUGCGACGUCUGCGGGAAGGGAUACAAAAAGAGCUCCACCUUGCAGCGCCACCAGAACUCCCACUGCCAGGAGAAGCCGCUGAAGUGCUCGCUCUGCGACCGGCGCUUCCUGUCCUCCUCGGAGUUCGUCCAGCACCGCUGCGACCCWUCCAGGGAGAAGCCCCUCAAGUGCUCUGACUGCGAGAAGCGCUUCAAGUACUCGUCGGACCUGAACCGCCACCGGCGUGUUCACACGGGAGAGAAGCCCUUCAAAUGCGACCACUGCAGCAAGGGUUUUAAACAGCGCGAGCAUUUGACCAAACACCAGAGCACGCACUCCCGGGAGGGCCAGUUCAAGUGCGUCUGGUGCGGAGAGCGUUUCAGUGACUUGGGCUCUCUGCAGGACCACACUGUGCAGCACACGUCCGAUGGAGACGGUUACAAUGUGCCACAGUGCAUGUGAGCCAUGACUUUUUUAUUUUUUGUUAUUUUCCCUGAAUGGACAGAACCAUCAGCACUCCACCCACAGGCUGUUUAUGAACCCAAACAUCACUCUCGUUCAGGGCAGUCCUGGGCUGCAAACUGUUUUCAGAUUUCAUUGAUCACAGUAAAUUGGAAACUCUGGGUCUGGUUGAACAGUCAAGAAAAAAAGAACUCUCCAAUUUUCAUUUUUUUUAGUUAUUUCUCUAACGUUUGAAAACACUGAGACAAAAGCUAUAUUCAAUUUUUUUUAGUUUUGUAGCAAAACUAAACUUUGAUGUUUUAAAGAACAUUGGACAAAAAUUGCAUUUAAACUAGAGAUGCAUCAAUUAGUCAAACAGUGAUUACGAUCGGCCAAUGAUCUCAUCAUUCAAUGCUACUGAUCUAGAGCUGGGCAAUAUAUAAAAUCCCACUACAAAAUCAAGUGCAACUUGUGCGAGUGCAACUUGUGCGAGUGCAACUUGUGCGAUUUCACAAUCUCAAAGGACUAUUUGUAUGCAAUAUUUGAUGCAUAAACUGACAUAAUCUUGGAACCUCUUCCUUUUCUGUAUGAUUCAAAACUAACAGCUGUUGGAACAUUUUCUUUUCUCUUUCAUGUGAUAUAGUGGUUUGAGAGAAAAACUGGAGUCAAUAGUUAAAGCCCAAAUAUCGGUGUCAGUCCAGAAAAGCUUGACUGGUGCAUCUUUAAUUAAGAUUAAUCUUUUAUAUCCCGUCGAAUCAUAGAUUACUUAUUACAUAUAAAUCAUGUCAGUGAGCUAAAAUACAAAGCUACGUUAAACUUGAUUUCAAAGACGUGUAAUUGAAAAAGUUAAAGAUGAUUUAAAACCUUCAAGUCACGUCUUGGACGAUUUAAAAUCCCUCGUAUUUAUUUAGAUGCGCUGCAGAAAAAUGUGUGACGUCUCCUUUUUUUUUCCAUAAAGGAUGGCCUGGCAUUUUCCAUCAGAAAAUAUUUCCAGUUUAAUUAAUUAUUUUAGGAAUCUUCUUGAGUUAAAAGAAGACUGUUCAACUGGACUCUUCUCUUUUCUUCUAUAUCUUGGUGUUUUAUUUGUCCAACCCAUGCUCAGUGAUAGCACUGUGGAGGUUAAAACGGAGAUGUAUUCGACCGUCAGGCCUCUUCUGGUUCACRRUUACUCUAAAAUAUUUGACUUUACACAUUAACCCCAAACUAUGUUCAAUAGACAUUMAAUUUUUAACUGUUUUCCCAUUCUGCUCUUGUGAACCUGACGGGACCUCAAAGCGUUGGCGCUUCAAAACMACAUUGAGCAUCAAAAUGUUAUCACUACAAAUCAUUCAAACUGCUGUUUGCUGCUUAAAUAUGCGUUUUAGUAAUACGAGUUGAUCCAUUCGAUCCUCCUAAAUCAUUUACUGUUUUUCGAUUUAAUUUGUCCGUUAUGCCUUUUUCUUUCCCUCUUUUUUUGUUUGUUUUAUUUUAUUUUYUGUCCCUCUUCUCUCACGUCAGCAAAAAAAAGAGGAUUUCCAGCGCAGUAUUUCCCGCAGAUAUGAUGAAAAGAGAGUACACCYUCCUUCAAUUCUAGAGUUUUAUAGGCUGACGCACAACUGAGUUUAAGCUGUUGUCAUUAAUUAAACAAAGAUAAAGUAGAAAAWCUAAGUGCACAUCAUGGUUCAAUCACCUGUAGCAGUAAUAACGUUAAAGCUUUUUUUGUGUCACUGUAACAAUCACUCAAAUUGUUGUACUUAACGCUGACAUACUAUCCUUGGAUUUCUGCAAACACAGUGCCGUGAAUUAUAGCUCAACCUCUCUACGUUGGUCUUGUCUGUGCAAAUUACUAUACAUUUUUCCCAGCUCAUUCAGAUGCAACAUUGUAAAUCUUGUUGUCCCACAAUUAUUUUUGCAAAGAGAAGAACUAUUCUUCUUCAACCCUUUAAAAAAAAAAUCACACUUCAGUCUUUUCUAACUAUCCUGUCAGGAACUUUAAUUUGCUUGAUGAGACCUAUAGAGUCUGAGAUGCAACUCUUAGGUUUUCGUACACAUUUUUUGAGCACUGCACAACCCGACRCAGAGGUAAAGCCUGUUUGGACACUAAUUUAUGGACACUGCGGUUUCUUUUUUUUACGUAGUCUGUUUCACUGAAGAACGAUGGACUACAAAUUAUGCUGUAAUAAGUUCAUGGGCAGCUUCCAUUUUGCCAUUGUGUUAACUUAUUUUUUUCACUUUUCCAAUUUUACUUUGUCUUUUAUAAGURACGACUGUGUGGAAUCUGUUUUGUAUCAUUGAAUUCAGAUCUAAAUUACUUUAGAACCGGGCUACAUCCKGCUGUGUGAAAUUAGAGGGUGUACUUUCUUUUUAUAGUGUCUGGAGCAUCACAUCUAACUCGGUGUGUCUUUAUAGUAACCAUUGUGAACCUAUUGUCACAUUCGGGUAGCAGAGGACAUGUGCUCCCCAUGUUUAUUUCAGCUGCUGCUAGUAUUACUGUACCAGUAUAUGAUGCUGUGCCAUGUAGGGUUCAGACUUUCUACAGAACUGAAUUUAACCACCAGUUAAAGUCCAAAUGAUUCAAUCUAAUGAAACCUGCCAGUUUAGACAUAUAUAGAAUUGCUAAUAUAUUUCAAUUCAUUGUUCUCAUCAUACUCCUGCAGAGGUCAGUGUUGUGGGAUAAUGCGUACUGAAUCCUCUGUCUCACCUUGUACAUAUGAGCCAAAAUGAUUGGAAAUAUCAGAAGUUGUUUUUCUGAAGAUUUUUCCAAAAAWUUUUUUUACUAUGGAAAACGUCUUGACAAAUGCUCUCUCUCUCUCUUUUUGUUGUGGUUGAUGUUUUUCUGGUCUGUGUAGUUUUAUGGUGCCAGUAUGUUACCGGGACUCUCAAAGAGAAACCUUUGUGAGAGACUGAUUGYGUGAAUGUAAAAACUGUUUUAAACAGAGCGAUAAGAACUGAUUUGACCGUCUCUCCGCCUUUGAUUUUUUUUUGUUGAAGUUUGUCCAGGCUGAGCUGCUCCUGUAGGACGGUUCUGCACCUCUGUGCUAAAAGACUUAGGAGUUUGUUCUGUCGUUUCCUGUUGAGUUGUGUCUGUCGGGGCGGUUUUCUUUCUGAAUCAUCAUCUAAAAUUGCCACGAGAUUGUGUCUCUCAAGAAGCCACUUUGUUUACGUGUUGACUGUGACUGCCUUCGUUYUUUCUUUGUGUCCACCCUUCCUCUCCUAUAAAGUUUGAGUGCAGUAUUAAAUACAUGUUUUGAAGACUUUUCUACAAAAUGAGGAAUUGAGUCCAUUUCAAUUCAGCCUUAAAAUGUUUGCUUUAUGCCUCGUUUCUUAAUCAUUCAAUGUAAGAAAGCUAACCAUAAGUCCUUYUUUUAUUACUUUAUUGUUUUUGCAGAGUUUGAGGACAAGUUUGACUGUGUUUUUAUGGUUUGUGCUUGUUUAUUUUAGCAUCUAGAUCUUUUAUUAAAUUGGUAUAGUAUGUGUUUUGUGGGAGUGGGAGACCAGGUCCUUGGGGUUGGUUUAAAAUUUAAAAGUGUGCAUUUAAAAGCUUUUUAUAUCCAGAAACACAAUUCAUCUUUUCAAAGCCAAAGAACUCCAGUAGCUAUUGUCUAUAUUAUUUGUUUUGGAGUAUGAGAGGAUUCAUGCAAAUUCUCAGAAAAAGAAGUCUAUCCUUCCUAUGUUCUUGGUAGAAAAGGAAAUCUACUCCAUAGCUAUCAAAGGGAGUGGGAAUCUUCUUUAUAUUCACAAUUUCAACCUCAGUUAUUACUGGUUUUACUGGAAAAGAAAAAAAUACCAUCACCAGUUAACCCAGUCAUGCCCACUUUAGUACCACUAAACCCCUGCCCUGUUAAACCCUUAUGCUUUCCUCCUCUCUGCAUGCUUGCUGUUAGUAUUUGUUUGCUUUUUUUUUUGUUCUUCCCCUCYUCACAGCACUUUUCCUUUCUGUUUUAUAGCGUUUUAAUUUUUUUAAAUUGUUCAGUGGUUUAUGUGAACGACGUUGAAGAGAAAACUUGGAAAAGAAAAAAACUUUGUGGCAUAGUACAGUUCAUUCUGAGGUCAUCUGUAUGUUUGUAGCACCCAUUUACACAGAGCACUAACAAAUAAAACUUUUUUUCAUUUAUAA